AAUUCAAGGGCCAUGACAAAACAAGAGAAAUCAGCGAGCAAUUUCGUUUUGCACUUUUCACUUUCCACGUAUACCUUGAGAUUUGGGAAAAAUGUUUAUUAACAAGUUUUGCGUGGAGAGCCCCAAUGUGAAGUACAGUGAGGAGAGCAUUGAGUCUGUGUAUGAUUAUCAAACCACUGAGCUUGUUCAUGAUAACAGGAAUGGGAAUUAUGAGUGGGUCGUAAGGCCCAAGUCUGUUAAAUAUGAGUUCAAGACUGAUACCAGGCUUCCCAAGCUCGGGGUUAUGCUGGUGGGAUGGGGUGGAAACAAUGGCUCCACUCUUACCGCGGGUGUUAUUGCCAACAGAGAGGGAAUUUCUUGGGUGACAAAGGAUAAAGUACAGCAGGCAAAUUACUUUGGGUCCCUCACCCAAGCCUCCACUUGCAGAAUCGGUUCUUAUAAUGGCGAAGAGAUUUAUGCCCCUUUCAAGAGCCUUCUUCCCAUGGUGGACCCUAAUGAUAUUGUAUUUGGGGGAUGGGACAUUAGCAACCUGAAUUUGGCAGAUGCCAUGGCUCGAGCCAAGGUUCUCGACAUUGACCUCCAGAAGCAGCUGCGACCCUACAUGCAAGACAUGAUGCCUCUUCCUGGCAUCUUUGAUCCUGAUUUUAUAGCUGCAAACCAAGGUGAAAGAGCAAAUAAUAUCAUCAAGGGUUCCAAGAAGCAACAGGUGGAGCAGAUUGUUCAAGAUAUUAGGGAGUUCAAGGCAAAAACAAAGGUGGACAGUGUAGUUGUUCUCUGGACUGCCAAUACAGAACGGUACAGCGACGUUAUGGUGGGGCUAAAUGACACAAAGGAGGCUCUGUUGGCAUCUUUGGAAAGGGACGAGCCUGAGAUUUCACCCUCGACUCUUUAUGCUCUGGCCUGUAUUCAGGAGAAUAUUCCCUUCAUCAAUGGCAGCCCUCAGAACACCUUUGUGCCAGGACUGAUAGAGUUGGCCAUUGAGAAGAACAGUCUUAUUGGAGGGGAUGAUUUCAAAAGUGGUCAGACAAAAAUGAAGUCUGUGCUUGUGGAUUUCCUUGUUGGUGCUGGUAUUAAGCCAACCUCCAUUGUGAGCUACAAUCAUUUGGGAAACAAUGAUGGGAUGAAUCUGUCAGCUCCACAGACUUUCCGCUCUAAGGAAAUUUCAAAGAGUAAUGUUGUAGAUGAUAUGGUUUCCAGCAACGCCAUUUUGUAUGGGCCUGGCGAGCACCCUGACCAUGUGGUUGUCAUCAAGUAUGUGCCAUAUGUUGGAGACAGCAAGAGAGCCAUGGAUGAAUACACCUCUGAGAUUUUUAUGGGAGGAAAGAGCACCAUUGUACUCCACAAUACUUGUGAAGACUCUCUCCUUGCAGCUCCUCUUAUCUUGGAUUUGGUUUUACUUGCUGAACUUAGCACCAGGAUUCAGCUUAAGAAAGAGGGCGAGACCAAAUUCCAUUCGUUCCACCCUGUAGCAACUAUUCUGAGCUACCUCACCAAAGCUCCAUUGGUUCCUCCUGGUACUCCUGUGGUGAAUGCCCUGGCAAAACAGAGAGCAAUGCUUGAGAACAUUAUGAGAGCAUGCGUGGGACUAGCACCAGAGAAUAACAUGAUGUUAGAGUACAAGUGAAAAGGCAUAAGCAUUUGAAGGACAGCUCGGGCCCCGGGGGCAUUCAUGCAGAGGGUUUACUUAUCUGGUUUUCAAUCAGCUGCCAAUCCUCAUUUUGUGGCUGCUCUCCGGUUGCUAAGAAUUAUAAAAGUAAAAUUGGUAUCCUUGUGACAUUGUGUUCCCAUUCUGGUUGGUGAUUACACUGCAAAAACUUAUUGUCGAUGAUUAUAGUUAUAUAUAUACUUGAAAUUUUAAAAUUUUA